AUGCGGACAGGCGGGCGGCGCGGCGCGCUCGCUGGCGGGCGGCACGGCGCGCUAGCUGGCGGGCGGCGCGGCGCGCUGGCUGGCGGGCGGCGCGGCGCGCUGGCUUGGCGUGCUGGCGUGCGCGCCGGCGUGGCGCGCUGGCGUGUGCGCUGGCGAGCGCGCUGGCGUGACGCGCUGGCGGGCGCGCUGGCGUGUGCGCUGGCGGGGCGCGCUGGCGUGACGCGCCGGCGGGCGCGCUGGCGUGCGCGCUGGCGGGGCGCGCUGGCGUGCGCGCUGGCGAGCGCGCUGGCGGGGCACGCUGGAUCGAUCGAGGGAGGGGACGCGCCCUAA